GAGCCGAUUUCGGCUGUUGCCACUGGUCGAAUUGAGUGGAGCAGUAACAUAUUCUGAUAGAAAAAAAAUGCCCGUUUGUUCAGCUUAUAAGUGCAAGAAACGCUCCGAUGGAUCAUAUAAAGAGGCAUACAAAAGGGGCGAGUUUUCUUUUCACACAUUCCCAUUAGCUGAUGGUUUGAGAGUGAGAGAGUGGCUCCGUCGGAUGAGAUGGCAGAACUGGUGGCCAACUGGAAAUUCAGUCCUGUGCUCGGAUCAUUUCGAGAAGGACUGCUUUGAACAAAUGGGCAGCCACAAACGAUUGCGAAAAAAUGCUGUCCCGACUAUCUUUAAUUUCCCUAAACAUCUCCAGUGGAAGGUACCAGCUGUCAAGAGACGAUCUCUGAAUCGUAAGCCAGUUGAAGUGCCUAUCAAACCAAAACCAACCCCAGUGUCAGCGCCAGUAACACCACGGCUUCAGGGAAAGUUUGUUCGUGUGACUGUGGAUUCUGAUGGUUCCAGUGGCCCCUUUCAUGCUGGCAGCUUUCACGAUGACUACUGCAAACCGCAGAGCUUUCAAUGGAUGAAGCUGUCAGAGGGUGAUGAUGAGGAGGAGGAUGAUGAAGAUGAUGAUGGCGACAAUGACACUAGUGAUCCUGGAAAUGAUGUCGCUUAUGAUGAUGCACCUCUUGACACGCCUGAAAAUCCAAACACACAGUUUAUCAGGGUGACUGAGAGAUGGCAAUGGCUGAGUAUAGAUGUAACAGGGCCAUUUCAAGAAAGCAAAGGCGCCUAUAGCCACAUUGUGGUCAUCUGUGACUAUUACACCAAGUGGAUUGAGAUCUUUCCAUCGGAAAAGCCUAAUUCUGAUUCCAUUGCCCUGCUUAUGUGUGAUGCCAUUUCCCGGUAUGGUUUUCCUCUGGGAUUUCUCACACCUUGGGGUGCCAGAGGGAUUCAAGUCAGAACGGUUAACAGAGCACUCAAUAAUAUUCUGAUGAUAAAGGAUAUUUCCCUUGUCUCUCGGCAUCAUCAGGCUUCACAGCUUGAGCCUCACACACAAUACCACAUUGUCAAUAUGGUAGAAAAUCUGGUGAAGAAGCAUCCAGAAAGUUGGCAUGUUCAUUUGCCUGUCAGCGUGCUGCGCUUCAACUGCAGUGUGCACCCAGAAACCAAACACAGACCUCUGUCUCUUCAUCGCAGUGCGGGAACUAGACCUUAUACAUCACCCAGAGAUCAGCCACUCAGUGAAGAUGACCUUGCAAAGUACACUUUCAAAAUACAGAAACCGAACCCUUUCAAAGAAAUUGAGGCACUGAAACAAAUAUUCCGAGAAUCAGCAGACUGCAUUGUCGUUUCAUAAGGCAAAAAACAUAUGUGCCUGAAUAUUGUAACUGGUGUGUGACUUCAAACUGAAAGUCAUGUGAGGAAGCUCCGUACAGACCACAUUGAUGAAGGGAUUGAAAAUAAUGUCGUUAAAGUCCAUUUAGACCCUGACUGAGGUGUUGUUUAUUUGUGAUUUUUUUUUUUCAUAUUGAAAUGUUAUGCAGCAUUGUGAAUAAAUACUGUUAAAGGUAUUUAAGAGAAUAGUAUGAACUGUAAAAUAAACUGCUUUGAAAGGAGUUGAGUCUGAUUCCACCAGACUGAGCCAGCAAAAGAUAAUCUAAUGUAAUAACCAACAGCUAUGUUUACCAUGAUGCCAUUAUAAACUGAUGAUGCCACAAAUAUUCCUGUGAGUUGCAGGCAAUCCUAAAGGAUAUUGUGGGGGCCUGAAAUGAUUGUGCUUGAUUAAUAUGACAAAUACUUUUCUUUUUUAAUAAACCUUUUUAUAA